AAUCUCAGGAUAAUCUGUAAAAGAGAAAGAUUAGAAGUAUGUUUAGGUUUAUAAAAUACAUAGAAUGAACAUGACUAAAGAGAACAUUAAAAUCAAGAAAAAAAAAGCCACUUUAACACAUUUACUUUAAAUGUCGCUUUGUUUGCAAAGCCAUUUCUGCCUUUCCAUGCAUGUAGCUGUAGCCAAAAAAGUUGGUUACGCAAAAAAAGAUAGUUAUGAUCUUUCAGGUCCGUCGUUCUCAAAUCCAGGUUCGCUCACAACCAAUCAGAUUGCUCGGUUACAGUUCAAUGUAGUUCAACCAAUCAAAAACUUCUUAUGUCUGAAGGCUGAGGGUCGUCGGUGUUGUAUUUGUUUGCGGGUGCGGGUGCGGGUGGGGUGGCCGGUUUCAAAACAAUAAAUGUCCCGUGUCGAGGACAGCCCCCCAAAACCCGAUGUAACUUGACUGCUUUUAAAAGUAGGUUUUUUUGUUUGUUUGUUGUUGUUUUUUCAUUUGUUUUAAAUAUAAGCCUGCACGUUACGUUUGUCAUUUUACAGCCUUGAAUGUAAGUAUAUAAACAUAACCUUUACAUCCAUAACGGCGGAUUGAUGCAUAUAAACAAACAAACAAACAGUGCAUUUCUACAUUUAUUUACCUGUUCGCCACAUAACUUAAGUUUUAUUCCUCCCUUAAGCAUAACGGCGCGCAGCCCCAAAGCCAAUCGAUUGAUGCUUAUAAACAAACAAACAGUGCAUUUCUACAUUUAUUUACCUAUUUGCCAGAUUAUUACUCGCUUUAAAACCAUAAUGGAGCGCACAGCGCCUAAGCAUCACGCCACCUGUUUGCUAUAGCGGUGGCAGGUCCGGUGGCAGGCGCACAUAGCGGUGGCAGGUUAAAUGGCAGCUGCCCCUGCCACGCAAAAAUUUUACCCUUACUGGGAAAUACUUUACCUUAAUACCUGGCUUUGUGUUUAAUCCUGUGCACAAAAACAAAAGAAUGUUUUAUAACUCUUCUUGAGAACUAAAUAUUUUGCUCAUACAAACUUUGAAAACUUCAGAAAUGACUAAGGUAUAACGUUAGUGUAACAAUCGCUCUUCACAGAAAAACCUGUGUGCUCUCCUUAUAAUGUAAGAUGAACCACUAACAAUCCAUUUGUUGAUCUUAAAGCGAUAAAAUGUAUGUAAUGUGAAAACGCAAAACCAAUUCUUUCUUGUCAGAAGUUGCAAAUCAUCUUCAUCUAUAAUCUUUCUCGUGUAUCUUGGAAUAUUUUUUCUGUACAUAUCGUCGCUGUUAUUUGGGAUCGUCGCCAAAUAAAUACGUAUUUUUUGCGUCAUCAAAGGGCGACUGUUCAGUCGUAAACAUCGGGCAAGGAGUCGGAAAGGCAUGGAAAAACACUCCAGAUAUUUAAACCAUUAUUAAGAUUCAUCUAUAUCGCACAGAGUUACAUUUUACAUGUCCGUUGCUCAUGUUCGGCGUGUUCUCAAGCCAUAAAGCAGGCAUUAAUGAUCUACAACCCGCUAAAAGCUGAGCAUAUUAAAUCCUAUAUUUAGGGUUGUAGACAUUUAAGACGCUCGUGACAUUCAGAUGGCUGUUAAACGAGUCUAAUUGAAUGUAACAUGUAGUUAGUAUGCGGGAUUACAGUGUGAUGAGGGAGAUCAUUUUGUAACCGUUACCUGCUUUCGGGGCAUUCUGGAGAAAAAAAGGUUUUACGAUUAUUUACUCUAAUGUUAAUUAUUCAUUAUUAUGCUGAUUUGUAGUAAUAAUCUCUGAUGCUGUCCUCAUUUGUGCAGAGAUGGUGCUGCCUUUGGUGAACCUGUGUGCUCGGGAGGUGGUGAGAGACCACAGCUCUUCGCAGUAUUGGUUGAGUUGUGUGCCGCGGGAGCUCUACCGAGCGUUGCUGGACGCCGCCUUCACCCACUGCCGUCCUCUGGCCGUCGGUGAGCUCGUCCAGCGGUGGCCCGAGCGAAAACUGACCGCUGGAGGCAACAGAAAAGCGGGCGAGUGCCCUCCGAACCGCCUCUGCGUUCAGGCUCUGCUGCUGGCUGUGGUCAGGGGACUGACGGACAAGAGGUGUUGCCUGCAGAUGCUGGAUCUCAGUGGACUUCAGUGUGAAAAUGGGAAAGUUGAGGACUCGAUGGGUGGAUGGUCCCUCAGCGUUGCCCUUUGCUCAAUGGUGCUACAAGCUCGAUCUGCUGCUUCCAGGGCUCACAGGAGAGAUGGAAAAAGAGGACUGGAAGCAGAACGUGACCGGGGCACCAUCAAGCGAGACCGGGGCAAGGUAGGGUGCGGGAAUAGUGGUGAAGGGAGUCAGGGAGGACACAGAGUGGAAGCAGUAGAGAAGAUGGAGUGCAGAACUAAUGAAAGGAUGUUUCCAGGAGAUGAGUCAGUAAAGGGUGUCAGGAGGAGGAUGGAGAUCCAGAGAAGAAAGACUUUAUCUGAGGGGAAAUCAAACACCAGCAGUAAUAACAGUAGUUUAUGCGACCAAGACUGGGACGAGGUAGUUAUGGUCCAUGUCAGGGCUGACCUUUUUGUCAAUUCCCGUUCCUGGGAGCGUGUCCGUGAUGCCCUUAGUCAACCGGGCCCACUGCGGCUCCACUGCCGCUACCUCCGUGUGGAGGAACUCUCAGCGCCCUCCAUAGCUUCUUUGUUGGGUCUCUUGCCUCAGCAGGAUCUCCUCGGUGUGGACAUUCGCUACUCCAGCCUUGGGGUGUCAGGCCUGGCUAUGCUGCUUCCACUGUUAGCUCCCUUUCCUCAGCUGCACUCUCUGAGACUGCAUUACUGUAACUUAGAUUUACAGCGCACGCAGCCGGGCCAGCAGGGGGCACUUCAGGACAUGUCUAAAGGACUGGGUUCACUGAAGAGACUAAAGAGAUUAUGCCUGACUGCACUCCGACUGCCAGGACACCUGCGCUUGCUGCUCAGCUCUCUUUCCCAGCCUCUGGAGGUGCUAGAGCUGCCAUACCUGUGCCUGACCUCCACUGACCUGGCCUACCUCUCCUGCAGCCAGCAUGCGCCAUUCCUGAGAGAACUUGACCUGAGUGAGAACUGGCUUGAUGAAUCAUCCUUGCCCUCUCUGCGCCGUCUCUUAGCUCAAGCCGAAAGCUCUCUGUGCCUGCUUUCACUUUGUGGUUGUGGCCUCUCAGACACUCUCCUGGGUGCUCUUCUUCCCUCCCUGUCCUGCUGUCGGGCUUUACGUAGCUUAAGACUGGCCUUAAACCCGCUAUCUAGAAUGGGACUGCUUUCCCUGGCCCGUACAGUGGCAGGAAUCCCUUCUCUUCGUCUGCUGCUCUAUCCCAACCCACUGGAGGAAUAUGAGCCUGGGCUGCCGGCUCUUCCCUCCAGUGCUCAGCUGCUGGAUUGGCCUCUGCUAGAGGAGUCUGAGGCCAGAGACUUGACGCUGAGGUUACUAGAUGAGGUUCUGAACUUGAGAGGACGAUCCCGGGACCUUCUUGUGACCUCUGACCUUCUGAACUAUAGCCCAGACUUGACUGUAGAUGAUUAGGGGGUGAAUGUCCCAAAGCUCACUCUCUUAAUAAGUGUGACAAUCAAAACUACGCUUAAACUAGUACUUUCAGAUUGUUUUAACCACUUGUGGUUGCCAAGCUUUUUCAGUAAUAGCAAACCUAUUAUAAAGCUUAUGCACACAGUCAUAUAAAAAGUUUUGCUAGUGGAAACCUUAGCAUUAUAUUGUAUGCAGCUUCUCACAUGAAGUUAUUUUGAUUUGCAUUUGUUUGCUGUGUUGUGAGUAAUGUAUGGGUUUUAUUGCCUUAAAUCAUACUGUAAUAGGGAAAUGUUUAUAGCAAGCACCAACAGAAGGAACCAAGACACCUCUUAAUUUUUUUUUAAACUAAACUUGUUGGCUCUUCUGAAUUUUCUAUGCUACCAAAAAAAAAUUAACAGCCUGUUUUGUUUUAUUUUUGUGUGAAUAUUUAAAAUGUUCAGGUUCUUUGUUGUGAAACGCUUUUCAAUCUUAUCUGCUUUCUCACAAAUCUAAUUUAAUCUGACCGUGUUCAAUGUCUCAUGAAGGAAAUCAAGACCUAAAGGGAUAAUUUACUGGAAAAUAUUUUAAGUAAAAUAUUUUAAUACUUAAUUGAAUUUGAUUUAAUACUUUAAUAAUUAAUUUUUAUUUUAUACAAAUUUGUAUUAUUUUGCCACUGUCAGUGGGUGCGCAGUGUAAAACAUCAUCAGAAGGCUAUCUUGAAUGAAGAAGCCCUGUCGCAUACAAGUAUUAUUAUUAUUGUCUACAUUUAAUUUACUGUCAUUUUCUAUUAUACUUUGACAAAAUAUCUUAAGUAUUAAUAUACUGCAAAUCGAAUCUCGUGAUUCAAUCUAAUUCCAAAACUUUUCUUGAAUAUUCUUAAUACUUUUCUUUUCUCUAUGUAUUAACUAUUCUUCUGUGCAAUGGAGGUGUGAAUUUUCACAUCCCUCACAAUUUGAUUCGAUUACAGUUCGGAGAGGGUAACAAUUUGAUUAUAAAAUGACCCUCUGCAUCACAUCCUCCAUAAAAUAAUUAACAAAAAAAAUGGAAUAAAUAAUCUGUCUGUCAGGGAGAGGAUUAGGGUUAGAGUUGUUCAAACAGUAUAUCAUGCCAUCAUUUGACCCCUUCAUCCAUCCUAAGGACAAAAUACCAAUACCAAUGCCAUUACCAAUACCUAUACAGUUUACUGGGCUGCACAGAAUUUGCAAGGCUUGCUCUGCAUGGGGUCAGCCCGUGUUUUGUUGCUGCUCCGCACAGCACAACUUCCCCAGCGCUCAAGGUGUCAUGUAAAGCAAAUUGCUUUUCAAAGCACUAGCGUUCACUCUAUAUCCUUCGACAAUAAAACAACCCAUAUGUCUCAAA